AUGUUUGCUAGGUCGUGUUUGCGCUCGACGCGCACCCUCAAUGGCCUUCGCAACGGCCCUUCCGCUAUCGCCAAGCGUGCCGCUUCCUCAAGCGCCAACGCCGCCGGUGAUGCCACUGCCACUCGACUGAACCUGGCCGCCGCCGCCUCGACCACUCUCGCCCUCGGCUCCAUGGCCUGGUACUACCAUCUUUAUGGACCUGUGGCUUUUGCCAUGACUCCCGCUGAGGAGGGUCUUCACCCUACCAAGUACCCUUGGGUCCACAACCAGAUGUUCAAGACUUUCGACCACCAGGCUCUCCGCCGUGGUUUCCAGGUCUACCAAGAGGUCUGCCAGUCCUGCCACUCCCUUAGCCGAGUCCCCUACCGAACUCUCGUCGGUUCCAUCUUGACCGUCGAUGAGGCCAAGGCCCUUGCCGAGGAGAACGAGUACCCCGGCGAGCCUGAUGAGCAGGGCGAGAUCCAGAUGCGUCCCGGAAAGCUGGCCGACUACAUGCUUCCCCCUUACAAGAAUGAGGAGGCUGCCCGAUUUGCCAACAACGGUGCCCUGCCCCCGGAUCUGUCUCUCAUCAUCAAGGCCCGUCACGGUGGCUGUGACUACAUCUUCAGCUUGCUCACUGGUUACCCCGAGGAGGCCCCCGCUGGUGUCCAGGUCGCCCCCGGCAUGAACUUCAACCCCUACUUCCCCGGUACCGGUAUCGCCAUGGCUCGUGUCCUUUACGAUGGUCUCGUCGAGUACGAGGAUGGAACCCCCGCCACCACCUCUCAGAUGGCCAAGGACGUCGUCGAGUUCCUCAACUGGGCUGCCGAGCCCGAGAUGGACGACCGAAAGCGAAUGGGUAUGAAGGUUCUGGUUGUCUCUGCCUCCCUGUGGGCUGUCAGUGUCUGGGUCAAGCGAUACAAGUGGGCCUGGCUCAAGUCCCGAAAGAUCGCCUACGACCCUCCCAAGGAGGUCAAGAUCCGCCGCUAA